CGCAAGAUGAACCUUGACUUGAAGAAACAUGCAUAAAUUAACCUUUUACUUUGCUACCUGUAAAGUAUAGCUCCUCAUGGACGGUCCGGCUUAACAAUUUAAAGUAUCCCAUGCGACACAGCUGCCAUAUGCAGUUGUUACAUUAGCCACGGCUAGGAUUGCCCAUCGGAUCGACCAGGAUAACCAAAAUCCAAAAUUCUACGGCCCAGCAGCACCAAUUUUGAAACAUGUUAAGGGCCAGCUUUACUACAAUAGCACUUAUGUGCGUUUUCAUUAGUGUGCACCGCGCCACCACGCCUUGGCUCUUUGUCGCUUAAAGCGACACCAACCGCAAGCAUAGCCUGCAACGUGGCUUUUGCGUCAGCGCUUAGAGUAGGAUGCUGUAAUUCAAUCUACCAGAUAUACACUAUACCUUAAUUUAGCGUACAGCCGAUCGUUACUGCCUUCAGCCUUCCUUCACUCGGGAGCGAGGCUUAGCGCCUCCGAACAAUGGGCGUCGCAAACCUAUGGACCGAGCUCGCGAAGUAUGCCCAUGUUUGCCGGACUUGGAACGGUUCUGACCCGGAGCUCGUCGCUGAGGUGUGCGGCAAGGUGUUGGCCAUCGACACCUCGGUCUGGAUCUUCCAGAGCUCACAGCAAAACGACCUCAAGGAUGCUAUCUUCGACGAACACGCGCGCGUGCUCUACAUCAUUUUAUUUCGGAUCCUGAACCUGCUGCGCUAUGGCGUCACCCCGGUGUUCGUACUGGAGGGCGACACGCCCGAGGCCAAGAUGGGCCGACUCAACCAGAGGAGCCUAGCCCGCGGCGGUGCGGGUGCUGCGGUGGGCAACCGGCGGGGCGGGCGGCACGACGCGCUGGGCCGCCGGGUGGUGCAGCUGCUGGACCUGCUGGGCCUACCCCACGUGGAGGCCCCCGGCGAGGCGGAGGCCAUGUGUGCCGCGCUGAGCUGUGUGGGGCUGGCGGACGGGGUGGUGACCUCGGAUGUGGACUCGCUGCUGUUCGGGGCGGGGGCGGUGUACCGGGAGUGCAGGCUGCAGAUGGACGUGCCGCGCAACAACCUGCUGGAGCGGCUGGAUGCGGGGCAGGUGGCGCUGAGGUGCUUCGGAAUACGUGGAGAGGGGGCGGCGUGUGUGCGGGCACUGCAGGCUGUUGCUGUGCUCACCGGUUGCGACUACUCGGUAGCCGGCGGCAGGGGGGUGGGCGUCAAGACGGCGCUGGACGCGGUGCAGCAGCUCACAGCGGGGAGGCAGGACGACAGCGAAGUGCUGCCGGAGCUGCUGCGCUACCUGGAGACGGGUCCCGACCCACGGGUCACCGCCAUCACCAAGUGCACCGGCUGCAAGACAUGCGGCCAUGAGAAGCACGGCCGGCAGCCCUGCCCCCUGUGCGGCCCCGGCGUUUGCAGGCCCCGGCCCGAGGGGGCGCCCUGCUGCUGCGAGUUCCACAGGUCUGAGCCGCAGCGCAAGUUCAUGCGCACCAUUGGCAGGGCUGUCUCCACAGGUCCCUCCUUCUCCGCCGACUGCCGCACGGCGCUGGACGCGUUUGAGAGCGAGACGCGGCGCGCGGUGCGGGCGGCGGAGCAGCUGAGGAGCAGUGUGGGGGGGCGGCUCAGCUGGUCCCGCCGCCCCGACGUGUCAGGUGUGUUUGCGCUGCUGCACCCGCUGCUGGGCCACACCUCGGCGGACCCGGACAAGCUGCUGUGGACGUAUGCAGAGGUUCGUGACAAGCUGCGCCCUGCGUUGCUGGAGUGGGACAUGCGGCAGGGGCCGGAGCCGCCGGCUGCUGUCCGGGGUGUGGUUGAGUUCCGCCCCCGCCGCAUCAAGCAGGAGGCGGUCAAGGACGGGGGCGUGUGGGCAUACCUGGUGGAGUUUGACCGGCUGCCCUCAGUCAACGCCCCCGACGCCGCCUUUGACGAGUGCCAGCUGGCCAGCAGCCGCCUCAGCAAGGGGCGCCACGUGCGCAAGAGCCUCGUGCACAGCGUCUGGCCGCAGCUGCUGAGGGUGAUGGAGCAGGAGGCGCAGGAGAAAGCUGCCAAGCCCAAGAAGGGUCGCGGAGGCAAGGGGGCGACCGGCGACAGCGGAAACACGCUGGGAUCCCCCGGGGGCAGUGUCGCAUGUACGACAGGUACCGGUGCCACAACGGCCACCGCUGGCGGAGGUGCAAGGAAGGCCUCCGCCGCCGCCGCUGCUGCCGCUGCUGCUGCGGCUCCUAGCGCCGCCACCGCCGCCAUCAGCAUUCGCUCCGGUACGACCCAGGGAAGCAGCGAUCUCAUGAUGCGAUUCCUGCAACGUGGUGGAGGAGGUGGCGGGACGGCGGCGGCGGCGGCAGCUCCAACGGUGUCGGUACGGCAAGUGACGCCGCAGCGGCAGCGGCCCGACGGCGGCAGCGCCCCCGCCAGGACUCCUGCCAGCACUGGCGGCGGCUCUGCGAGGCGCGUCGGCGGCAACGUUGCCGUACAUGAUCCGUAUGGCGACGCCGACGGCGGCGGCGGCGGCGCGGAUGUUGGCGCUGACGAUGACGACAUGGACUUCCAGAUGACGCAACGUAAUGACGGCGGAGGCGGCGGUACGGCUGCAGGCGGCGGUACGGCUGCAGGCGGCGGUACGGCUGCAGGCGGCGCCGCCGCCGGGCCUGCGCGGGGUGGCUUAGCGGCAGGCGGCGUCGCCGGAGCCAAAUUGGGUGACCUGAUUCCCUUGUUCCCCGCGGGCGAGGAGGAUGAGGAGGACGGCGACGGUGCUGGCGGGCUUGGCGGAGGUCGGUACGGCAAUACGACGGCGGCAUCAGCGCUGUACGAUGAUCUAGACAACGUCACGCCGUCACUGGACGAGAUCUUGGGAACGGGACGGCCCUCACAGGCCGCCACUGCCGGCGGACGCCCGCGUCCGCGUCAACAAGGCCGAGGGCAGCACACUAAGGGCAGCAGCGGCGGCGGCGACGGUGACGGCGACGACGGCCGUGAUGAAGAGCAGGAGGGCGACGAGCAGCCGGCGGCUUGGAGGGGUGACGGCGGUACGGCAGCGGUGGGUGCGCGUGCGGCCGCUGAUGGGACCUUUCGUCCCCACCCGUCGGGGCCGGGUCCAGGGCGAGGUCCAGCCGCCGCCGCCGCCGUCAGCAAUAGGACCGCCGCCGCCGCCGCCGCGGCGGCGGAUGUUGACGCGUGUGGGGCCGCGGCGGAGGGCACCCGUGCGGGCGCAGUACGGCAGCAGCGACCGCAGUACGGCGGCGGGGGCGGUGCUGGCGGCGGCGGCGUCGCCGUCAACGUCGGCGCGGGUGUGGAGGUGUUUGACUUGACGGAUAGUCCGGCUCCGGUGCUCCUGCGGCGUAGGGGCGGGGAGGCUGGCGGCGGCGGUGGAGCAGCGGCAACAACGGCGGUGGAGGGCAUGGGAGAUGUGGAGAUGCAGGAACGGGGGGUUGGAGCGGGGCUAGGGACGCGUGGGGUGGGACGGCAGCAGUACCAACAGCAGCAGCAGCAGGAGGAGGAGGGUGAUGUGGAUGUGGUGAUGGGGUCAGCGGUGAAGGCACCCGCAUCAUGUGGACGCAUGCCGGCUGCUGCUGCGGCUGCUUCGGAGGCGCUGGCAAAGAAGCUCUUCUGUAGCGGGCCACAUGCGGUGAACGGUGGUGAGGAUGGUGGUAAGGACGAGGAGGAGGAGGAGCCGGACGGCGAGGAGCCGGGGGAUCAGCACCGGUCGCGGCUGCUGCGGACGCUCCAAGCGGACCCCUCACCGCACCCAGCUCCGCAACCACCCUCACAGCAGCAGCUGCAGCACUCACAACAACGAACUUCCCAGCAGAGGACCGUUCCGCUGCAAGCCGACGGCGGUUCGCCCGCGAAGAGGCGGAACACGGGGGGCACGGGCUGCACUGCCGACAUUGCAGCGGCCCCGAUGCGAGGGGCGAAGGGCAGCGGCAGCCAGCCCUCGGCGGCUGCAGCAGCCGAACCACGGGUCGCUCCCGUCCAAGUCGACCUGACACUGUCGGAUGACGAAGAAGAGGAGGAGGAUAAAGAGGAGGAGGGCGACUGCGGCGACGUGGAUGAUGUACGGCAUGUGCUACGGCAUGUACGGCAGCACCCUACUGUGUCCCUAGUACGACAGGCGGCGGUACGCAGCUGUGGUGGCGGUGGUGGUGGUGGGGACGAGGAUGAGGAGGAGGAGGAGGAUGUGGUGGAUCUGACGUAGGAGGAGGAGGAGGGGAGAGGAGGGGACCCAUCUGAGCCUCUUUGAAUUGUGACCCUGUGACCAGAUCAAAGGAGAUUAAAGGGAUAAGAGGGCGGAGUGCGGCUUAAUUAGGUGAGCGGGUGUAAACUGUCGCGGCUGCCUGGUGCUGCUGCUGCUCCCUGGUGCGAAUUGUCUUUUAUUGUUGUUGUUUGGAGUACUCUCGUCUGAGGCAUGUGCUGUGUGUUAAUAAAACUGGCCGCGAGUGCUGUGUGUGUGUGUGUGUGUGUGUGUGUGCAUGUAGACAGUGGCGCUCAAGUACCCUUCCAGGGAUUCUUCCCCUGGGGGCCAAUCGCCGGUACUCCAUUGCAGCAAAC